AUGGCGGACGUGCUGGCGGCGAUGCUCGACCGCAACGAGGUCCCAAGCGUCGUGGGCCUUAGCCGCGCUGCAGGCGUGAGCCUCAGCGAGAGUCGUGGCCACCUCGAAGAUGCGCUCGCUGCUGAGCCCGUCGUCGCCCUCUACGUGGCCGUGGAGACCACGACCGACCCAUCGACAAAGGCCAUCCUCGGCAAGACCAUCUCACUCUCGCGCAUGGCCGCCAACGCUAGCCUGUACGCGAUCCACGCUACGGCCAAGGCCGAGAGCCCAAACAUUGUUGACGAUGGGAUCAAGACCGCGCUGUGGUUUCCGACGAUUGCUGACGGUCUCCCUUCCGCGUCGUUUGGCAGCGCAACCUCGUCGGAUGUCCAUUGUGCGGCCGCGACAGAGCGCCAAGGCAAGGCCAAGAAAGGCGCCGAGUCGGCGAGCGUGUUUCAGCACUUUGAGAAGCCGACGAUCUCGACGACGCCGACGUUCGCCAAGUCGUCCAAGCCCAAACCGGCGGCAAAGAGCGGAUUCUUUGCCACGUCCAAGCCUGCACCGGCGAAGAAGAAGAUGACGCACGUCAUCGACAGCGACGACGAGAGCGACAAUAGCGACGACGAGAUGCCCAAGUUUGUCAAGGCCACCAACAAACGUCUCAAGGUGUGCGACAGCGAUGACGACGACGACGACGACGACCCGUUGCCCAAAACGACGUCGACUCCCAAGCCUCCUACGCCCAAGGCUCCUACAUCCAAGCCUCCUACGCCCAAGGCUCCUACACCCAAAGCUGCUACGCCCAAGGCUGCUACGCCCAAGGCUCCUACGCCCAAGCGAUCACCCGAGCCGCCAACAGCGCCGCCUGCCAAGCGCCAGCGCCUCGUCACCAAGACGCGCAUCGACGAGCACGGCUACAUGGUCAACGAGAGCGUGUACGAAGACGUCGAGAGCGGCGAUGAGGAGCCCGCGCCGCCUGUCGCCCCCAAGCCGCGCGUGUCGGCCAAGCUGCCGGCGCCACCGCCCAAGAAGAAGCGCGUGCUCAAGACGUCUGGCACGGCCAAGCAGAGCAAUUUGAUGGAUUUCUUUGGCAAAAAGUAG